UUCAAAUCAUGGAGCAGAAUGUUGUCGAUGACCAACAUCAAUAUCUACUUGGGGAUUCGGGAUAUCCGUGCAAGAGAUGGCUCCUCACUCCAUUUAUGAAUCCAGCUGAUGAGCACCAGCUGAUUUACAACCGGGCACACAAACGUACGAGAUCUGUGGUUGAGCGCUCCAUAGGGAUUUUGAAAAGGAGAUGGGCGAUUCUGCACAAUGAAAUUAGAUUGCAUCCAUUAAAGUCAUGCAAGGUGAUUUUGUCAUGUGCUGUAUUGCACAACAUAUGCAACAUGCGAAAUCUGCCAAUGGAUCCUUUGGACAUAGAUGCCUUACCAGAUCAUCCUGAAAAUUACCAUGGAAAUGAAGAUGGCCUUCGUUACAGGAAUGUAGUAGCAAAUACAUUUUUUUAG